AAACUGCCGAGACGUCACUCAUCACCCCACAUUCUUCACUCUCCUCGCCUUGAUGCCCUGUUCUGUCCGCCCAUCUUUCGGCUUGGUCUCCGCAUCUAACUCAUCCACCGGUGGCAACCCGCAUCGGAACAUGCACCUUGUUCAUAAAACACUGUUCGGCUCGAUCACCUAAAUGCUUUCUAUCAAUUUCUCGGCUUGACGACAAUGCGGUCUUUUUCUGGCUGCCAAACUUGCAGAAGCAGAAAGUUGAAAUGUGAUGAAGCAAAACCGGUCUGUGGAGCAUGUAGCAAAAGUUCGCGAACGUGCAGUUACUCCAAGAGAUCUGUAUUUCGGCCAUUUCAGAGCUACGCUAGAAAGAGGAGUCGAAGCGAAGUUGUUGAAGAUUUUGAUGCUGUUGAUACCAGUGAUGCUUUUGAGGCGGAUCAUGUCUGGGUCGAGGUUCCGGACGAACUUUACUUUGUCCAUGUUGAGGAUCCCUAUGCGGAGCAAGAUAGCAUAAGGGUUGACUAUACUGAUGAAACACGGGAGACAUCUUAUACGGCAGACGCAGUGCAGGUGAUAGAGUCUCCUGAACCACAAGCAGGCUCUUGGACCGGUACUUCUGUUAUCAUUGAUGAAGAACCAUACGUUCCAGACGCCGAAUUCGAAGCAGCCUCAACUCCUGGCGAACAUCCAGAUCACUCAAGACUGGCAACACUUCAUCUGCUAAAGCAUUACAAAGAAGGACCAGGUAUUUGGUUUGACAUCUUUGAUACUGGUUGUUACUUCUCGGGCAAAGUCCCCGUCAAAGCAGCAACUAGUCCCUUACUCAAGUCGUCCAUGUGUGCCAUCGCUGCGAAACAUCUAUAUCGCGUGAACAAGAGUCGCCUUAACCUAAGGUUCGAAGACUCCAGAUGGCGAGGAUAUGACUGGCGAUAUGAAUCCGCAAAGCACUACGAUGAGGCUAUCCACCAUCUGAAGAAUGCAGUUGACCUUUGUACCUAUGAGAAUAGCUUGAGUGACAAAGAGGAUAUGCUUGCUGCGGUUGCUAUCCUUUGUAUCUAUGAACUGAUGGAUGCACCUGGGACGGCCUGGCGAGCCCAUCUCAGUGCUUUGCCGCUGUUCAGUCCAACGGAAGAUACUUCACAUCCUGCUUCGCCGGUGGUGAUACCACGCACAGCCAUUCAGGGGCCUAUUCUCUGGAGCUUAGCACGUCAAGAUCUUCUCUGUGCCUUCAUUAGCGAAACUCAGACUCGUCUCGACCUAAAAGACGUACGUCUUUGGCAGAAUGCAGGUCUUGCCACCACAGAAGACGGAGCCCUCAUGCCCUUCAGUCCUCCAUGCUCAGCAGAUAUUCGUACCGUAGCUGAUAUCGAAGAGGAUACCAAAAGUAAUGAAUUAACGUGGCUCAUUGGCAAACUCUCAAAUCAUCUCACCUCAGGCGACGCGAUCAACCCAUCAGACUACGCACUCCCUCUCGGCCAACGUCCUACCAUCGGCGUAACGCAAGAACGCCUUCUCGAACGCUGGAAAAUGCUAAUGACAGAAUUCAAAAAAUGGCACGACAGUCUUCCAUCAACAUUCACACCCUACGCUCGAACACCAUACCCCUCCUCAGACUCCUUCAGCAGCUUCACCCAAAUAUGGUACGAACUCCCUAUCUGCGCCGCAACAAUGCAAAACUACCAUAUGGCCAUGAUUCUCCUCCUGGUAAACCAACCCCAAGAAUCAACAUUUAUACGCUCCACUGUCUCAGCGCGAUUAAAGUCUUAUCGACAAAUCCAACAAGAAGUACAUCAUUACGCAAGAGAAAUUUGUGGUGUUAGUUUAGCGGAGCCCUCGGAUCCCGUAAGGGCGAAUUCAGUGCAGGCCUUAUUCGUGGCGGGGCAAGUAUUUUAUGAAAAGGGCGAGCAGGAGGCGGUUCUGAGGCUUUUGGAAGAUGUUGAGAGGGAUUUGGGAUGGACUACGAAGUUUCAUCGGGCCAAGCUUGUAGAUGAAUGGCCUCAAGAUAGCUAAUGAAGCAUGAACCCUUAGUCGUGCUCGAUUCUGUCGUGAUGAUAGCUAAGCCGCAACGUUCCGUUGAUAGAGUAAAUGAGGAAUAAUAGUUCCAAGCCGAGAUUGCAAAGUUACAUAGUCAACCAUGCAAUCGUCUGUGAUGUUACCGAGGCGAGCAGUAAUCCCGCGUUGA